UAAACCGUAUAGUGCGAGUAUAUAUAGAUUAAAUCUAAACUAUUAUCCAUCACAAAUUUAGUCUGAAGAUAACUCAUUUAUAAAGAGUGUUGAUAAAAUGAUUGAUUAGGUGCAUAAGGUAUGGAUACCGACAGUUACACUGCUUGAUUAUACUCAAGAACUGCCGGCAAAAUGUCAUUUGUAAAAAUAUCAACUUCAGAAUUUCAAAGUACUGUUGAAAGCAAAGCAGUUGAUAUAGCCAACAAAACAAGUAAAAACAAUGAACAGAAUGUUACCAGUCGAUUCCAAUUUCCUGGAAUAGAUUUCACAGCAAAGUUGAUAGGCAUUGCUGAUGUAGAAAGUGCUCGGGGCGAAGAAAUGUGCCAGGAGUCAAUGCUCCGAUUGAAGCAGAUUGUUAAACAGUCAAAACAACACAAACAGAAAAUAAUCGUGAAUAUUUCGUUAGUUGGCAUCAGGAUAGUUGAUACAAGAACACAAGCAGUCCAAUCUAUUCAUGAAAUCAGCAAAAUAUCGUUCAUAUUACGUGACCGCUUCGACCACAGAGCGUUUGGCUAUGUCUAUGACGCUGGCGAUGGACAUCACAAGUUCUACGCUGUGAAGACCGAGAAGCCUGCGGAUGGGCUGGUAGAAACAUUGCGGGAUCUGUUCCAAACUGUAUAUCAAAAGAAAAAGAAAGAAGAGAAAGAGUUUGUUAAACACACGCAUGAGGAGUCAGUCCAAAUUCUCGCCUCAAAGAUCCUUAAGCAGCAUGAACAUGUGAAAGCGAUACAAGAAACAGGUCUAAUAACAAUCAAUGUCGGACAAGAUGACGUCGGACCAGAGAGUGCCGCUGUAGGUCGAUUGUGGAUAAUAGCCGACGUCUGUGAUGGGGAGUCAGAGGUCUGAGCGCCGUAGCCGCUGUGAAUGCUCUACGAAUAUUGGAUCUUGGAUGAAUCCCAAUGGUUUUGACGUUUAUGAGAUAACAUACGUAAAUGAAUGGGCGCUCGCAUUUGAAAUUGUUCAGAACAUGACUUGCAAAGAAAUAGUUUUGUGCCGUUAACAAAUAACUCAGAAUUAGUCAUUCAUUGUAUACGAUGCUUUUAAGCGUUAUUGUUUCGUUUUAUUUUGAAAAGAAGAAAUACAUUAUUGAGAAUUUUUCUACGAUGAAAUAAUAUUUGUCAUGUGAACCUUGCCGUGUACAUUCACAUAAUACAUGCAAUAACGUUAUAUUUGUAUAUACUGCAUUUGUACAUAUACUGUUAUUCAUUGUUGCCUUUUAGAUAGGGAUUUAGCCAGACUUAAAAACUGACAGCACGGGGUGGGGCUGAAAAAGGGUCGGGUAACCUUUUUCGUGAAAAUAUUUCGAUGGUAAACUGUUUCGAUUUGAAUUGACAAAAUGUGCUAUUUCCACUUAAGUCUACCAGCUAUUUUAAUAAUUAAAUAAAAUUUGAUGCUAAAAUCAAGUAAAGUCACUGUUCGUUACUCAAUAAAAUAGUCAAUAGCCAAUAAAAACACAUUGGAUGUUUCUGUAUUUACCAGACUGUUGACAUAUAAAUCAUGAACCGAAAAGGAUGAAACAUAUUUUAAAAGGGUGGGGCAUUAAAAUGUAAGAAGGGCCACAUAUUUCAGCAGUUUGGGUCAUAACAAUAGAAGCCCGACCCCACCCACCCCUGUCAUUUUGUUUCAGCUGAACGCCUAUUUAAGGUAUGAGUACUGGUACUCGUACACUCAUGUACUUGUUGUAACUAUGUUUGUCCAAAGUAAAUUUUGAACUUU